CGGGGCGGAGCCGCCGGGCCCAGGCUGGGGCUGCGACGGGGCAGUGGAGGCGGCAGCCGCCGGCGGGUGGCGGGGGUACCCAGCCUCCCAGCUCGGAGGUCUCCUGGGUGGGGAGGAUGCCGCAGCUGCAGCCCGAGCCUCCGAGCCCGGCCGCCGAGCUCCCCGGCCCCCGCCGCAGCGGAGGGGCGCAGAGCGUAGCGCGGGCCGGGCGGAGCUAGAGGCGGGCUUCUGCACCGCGUCGCGCCACCCGCAGCUCCCCGCCUCCGGCCGGGCCCGGGAGCCUGUCGUGGCCGAUGUCCUGACUGCGGGCGCUUCUGCAGGGUUGGCCAGGCGCCGCGCGUGAGGAGAGGCUUGAGGAGUCCUGGCGGCGGCCGCGUCCACCAACUCUGGACGCCGGUCCCCUGGGGCGCGCCUGGGCGCUCCUCCCUCCAGCCCCAGCUCCUCGUCACCGCACGGUCCUCCCUAGACCCCUCCUUCCACCCACCCUGGAGGAUGCUCUCCCCCGCGCUGAGCGGCAGAGGCCACCGCUCCCAGAAAUGCGUGCGCCAGAUCCUCUUCUCCCGGACCCGAGGAGCCGGCGCCCCCGCCCUGUAGGGUUAUGACUCAUUAAUUAAAAAGAACUUUUCCAAAUACUUUGCACUUUUGAUUGCAUAUUAUGGAUACCAAGGAAGAGAAGAAGGAACGGAAACAAAGUUAUUUUGCUCGAUUGAAAAAGAAAAAGCAAGCCAAACAAAAUGCAGAAGCAGCCUCAGCUAUGGCUACAAGGACUCACACUGGAAAAGAAGUUCCUAAUACAGUCAUUUUAGAACAAGACAAGUGCAACGUUGCUGUGGAAGAGGAAUAUGUAACUGAUGAGAAAAAAAAGAGAAAAAGUAGUCAGUUAAAGGAGAUCAGGCGUACAGAGCUCAAGAGAUAUUAUAGUAUUGAUGACAAUCAAAACAAAGCACAUGAUAAAAAAGAGAAGAAGAUGGUGGUUCAGAAGCCCCAUGGUACUAUGGAAUACACUGCUGGAAGCCAGGACACUCUAAACUCCAUAGCCCUGAAAUUUAACAUCACUCCCAAUAAAUUAGUGGAACUGAAUAAGCUUUUCACACAUACUAUUGUUCCAGGCCAGGUUCUUUUUGUGCCAGAUGCCAACUUUCCUUCCAGUACCUUAAGGUUAUCAUCAUCCAGUCCUGGUGCUACUGUCUCUCCUUCAUCAUCAGAUGCAGAAUAUGAUAAACUGCCUGAUGCUGACUUAGCAAGAAAGGCCUUAAAACCCAUUGAAAGAGUCUUAUCAUCCACUUCUGAAGAAGACGAGCCAGGCGUGGUAAAAUUUUUAAAAAUGAAUUGUCGAUACUUCACCGAUGGAAAGGGUGUGGUUGGAGGUGUCAUGAUUGUCACUCCUAACAACAUCAUGUUUGACCCUCACAAGUCCGAUCCUCUGGUCAUUGAGAAUGGAUGUGAGGAGUACGGCCUCAUUUGCCCCAUGGAAGAGGUUGUUUCCAUCGCCCUCUACAAUGACAUUUCCCACAUGAAGAUCAAAGAUGCCUUGCCAUCUGACCUACCUCAGGAUCUUUGUCCUCUGUACAGGCCUGGAGAAUGGGAAGACCUGGCUUCAGAAAAAGAUAUCAACCCAUUCAGUAAGUUCAAAUCUCUCAGCAAAGAAAAACGGCAGCAGAAUGGAGAGAGAAUCAUCACUUCAGAUUCCAAAUCCACAAGGCCUUUGGAGAAGUCAACAGAAUACACACAGACGAAGCCCUCAGACAGCUCUGUGUCAAGAAAGUUGAAGAAACUGGAAUCCUCUACAGAGGCAGCCAGUGGAUCUACCCCAGUAGCUAACAUCCGCAAGGAACCUUCUGACACUCAGACUGCAUUUGAAUCUAUAGCCAAAGAAAAUUCUCUUUUAGGGGAAGAUGAUGACUUCGUUGACUUGGAAGAACUUUCUUCUCAAACUGAUAGUGGAAUGGACAAAAGAGACACCUCAAAAGAGUGCCUUUCUCUUGGCCCAGAGGAGCUAAGGAAGACUAAAUCACAAAUAAUUAGUUCUACUGUGGAAAAGCAGGCACAGUCAGCCCUGAAUUUUUCAGGACCAGAGUGUGAUGCUGAAUUGAAGGGGGCCCUAGACUUAGAAACCUGUGAGAAGCAGGAUAUAAUGCCGGAGGUGGACAAGCAGUCUGGUUCCCCAGACAGCCAGGUGGAAAACACACUGAGCAUACACGAAGAUCUAGAUAAAGUUAAACUCAUUGAAUAUUACCUUAAUAAGAACAAAGAGGGGACACAGUUAUCUGAUAACUUACAGAAGGCAGAGUUAACUGAUGGCAAAAGCAUUGAGCCCGUGGGAAUAGACAUCACCCUUAGUAGUUCUCUUCCUCAGGCAGGUGAUCCCCCAACUGAGGGCAAUAAAGAGCCAGAGAAAACCUGGGUAAAAGAGAGACCACCCCUUCCACUGCAACUAGGCUCUUCUACAGAAGAAAAUAUGAAUAAAGAGUGUCCAGACUCCUCUUUGGAAUCAACUCUGGACAAUAGCUGCCAAGGCGCACAAAUGGACAAUAAAUCCGAAAUUCAGUUAUGGCUAUUAAAGAGAAUUCAGGUACCCAUUGAAGAUAUACUUCCUUCAAAAGAAGAGAAAAGCAAGACUCCACCCAUGUUUCUGUGCAUUAAAGUGGGAAAACCAAUGAGAAAGUCCUUUGCCACUCACAUGACAGCCAUGGUCCAGCAGUACGGCAAACGAAGGAAGCAACCAGAGUACUGGUUUGCUGUUCCUCGGGAGAGGGUGGAUCACUUGUACACAUUCUUUGUUCAAUGGUCUCCGGACGUCUAUGGGAAAGAUGCCAAAGAGCAAGGCUUUGUGGUGGUAGAAAAAGAAGAACUGAAUAUGAUUGACAACUUCUUCAGUGAGCCGACCACCAAGAGUUGGGAGUGGAAGCAGGGGGCAUCUCCUAGAAGUGAAGGAGGGAGGACUUAGAGGAACAUGGAGAAGGCCUGCAUUGGCAUCUGUAGAGACUAGGAAAAAUGCUGAGGAACUUACAGUAGGAUGGCUGUCUGGUGUUGCAGGCCCUGGUGGGGUCUGGCACCAGGCAGCAGUGAGGGGUGGUUUUCUCCAGCAGUACUCACACUCUGGUUUUAAACUCAUCAAGUGGGUGGUCUGAUCCUUACAAGGCUGGAACUCUGCCAGGCUGGGAUGACUAAGGAUGAGGAGGCCUGCCCCUAGGGUCUAAUUCCUUCUGGAAUGCCGGGUCCUGUGCACGUUUGCCUUCACCCGUCCCUUUUUCAUUUACUCCUUGCCAGCCUGAAUGUGUGCUUGCAGCCUUCUCUGGCAAACUCUUGUCAUCCUGCAAGGUCCAGCUCACUUGUCACUUCCAUGAGGCUUUCAGCCAGUUACGCCUGCUGUCCUCCCACUGCCCGUGGCUCCUAGCUCUGUGGUUAUAUUGCCCAGCAAUUCACUUGUUUACAUGUUUGUCUUCCCUUAGUUCACAAGCUUCUUGUUUGAAACCAUUGAUUAAAAAUAUGUAGGCCUAUUAGUCUCUCCUUCCCUUGGCUUUUCAUUAUCAAUUCUAUUGUUUUUGUUUUUAUUUUUUUCUGUUUCCUCCUGUCUCUGGCCAGUCUUUCCGAGUAUACUUUGCUUGUUCCUCUUCUCAUGGUGCUCCCUGCGAGUUUAUCCUUGGCUAUCUUUACUGCUCAUCUAUUAUAUCUUCUUUGGAUGAGCUGGUCAACUUCCAAGGUUUAUGCUGCUGACUCCCCACAUCAGUGUCCACCACCCACCUCUUUCUCUCAGGCUGCUCUUCUAGAGCUCACAGAUGCCCCACAGCACUGCUGGGUCUCCAUGAGGUAGACAUGGUGUGACAUUUGCAUUCUGGCCAAGGCAUUCAGGAAUACAAAGUCCUGUCCUCCUCACCUAACCAGCCCUGCCCAAGAGGCCCUCAUGAGAUAUGUGCACAGAGGAAGGAAAGCUAGGAAAGGCAUUUUUCCCUAAUGAGGUUAUGGUCUCUUGCCCCAGCACGGAGUUCCAGAGAGAAGGUUUAAAUUGCAUUGGGGCCUUAAUCCUUUCCCGACUAGGCCUGAUUAUCUUGAGCCAAAGCAGCACUCUUUUAAGGCCUGUUCUGCCUCUUUCCACUGAUCUCAACCUUGAAUCUCAGCUCUUGAUGACUCCAGUGGGAGAAGAGGUCACAUCUACCACUGCCAGAGGACAAGGAGGUACAGAGGCCUGCAGAGAGAGAAAGGUCUGCUUCCGGAUCUAGGGUGGAGUAGAACGGGUUUGGGCACUGUCUGCCCUAGGCCUUCUCAGGCUUAGCCACUGAGGAAAAUGAAAAAGCAAAUCCCUCUAGAAGGUGUCUCUAGAUCCUUAGUGGAAGAGGAAGAAAGGGAUGGAGGAGGAAGAAAUGAGUUGUCCUGUUCCAGGCUCCUAGUGCUCUUGGUUAACACUUGGAACACAUGGAAAGCAAAGAUAACUGGAGAGAGGGGUGACUGGACUGCUAUCGCUGUUUCUUGCCACAUGGAAGAGAGAAUUCAGAAGUACAAUGAGGAGAAGAAUGCUGGCCCAGCUCCCUCCCAUAUAGGAGCAAACUCUGCUUACUAGCAUUACCUGAAGGCCAAGCCACUGUAAUCGCAUGUCUCCUCUGCGGGUGGGGAAGAGGAACCUUCAUUCCCCUAGCAGGUAUCUGAUCCUCAGCAUGUCCAAAACAUCUCAUUAUCUUUCCCCAAAACUUGCUUCUCCUCAUGUAUUCCCAUCUAAUGAGCACACCCUAAGCCAGAAACCUAGAUGUCAUCCCAGGUCCCAGGUUCUUCUCUUUCAUCAUCAUUUCUAGUCAGUCAUCUCUAGUCAGAAUUUGUUGAUUCUGAUCUUAUGUGGGUUGGGAACCAUUGCCUUAGUCAGCUGUCUGCACUCUUCGCUUAAGACCCCCAAGGGCACCUCCAACCCCAACCCAAACACCAGCCAUUCCUCUAUACCCAAGCUCUUUAAAUGAGCUUUAUUUACUAAUUUUAUAAAACUAACACCUGCUUAUUGUAGGAAAUUUAGAAACUACAGAAAAGUACAAUGUAGAACAUUUUAAAAUAAUACCUAACCACACUUAAUGCUUCUGCACAUUUUCUUCCAGUCCUUUUUUCUACUUUAGGGUGUUUUCUAAGGGGCAGGAGUGGGGAGAGUGAGUCUUUUUAUUUUUGCAAAAUGGGGUCACGUUCUAUUUAUAGUUUGAUAUCUGGCUUUUCUCACGUGACAUCUUAGCAGAACUGUAUCAUAUUAAGGAUUCUGAAGCCUCAUUUUAAUGGUUGCGUACUAUUUUAAACAUCUCAAUCAUGAUUUAUUUAACAGUUCCCACUUUUAGGAAACAUUGUGUUGGUUCAGGUUUUUCACAAGGAUGAGAUGACCUGUACCUCUGACUGUUCUCUAGUUUUCUGGAAGUGAAAUUACUUGGUAUCAGGCUACUAAUUUUUUAAGGCUCCUAAUUUUUAAAAUAAUGACAACUUAACUUGCCAGAAACGUGAGGAAUACCCUUCUCCCUGUGCUUCUGCCAACAGAGUAUUGUUAUUAUUAUUCAAUUCUUUAAAUUUUUACUAAUUUCUUAAAAAGCUGAGAAAUGAUAUAUUGAUUGUUUUGUGUCCUGGGCUUGGCAAAGCACCUGGCAUCAUAUAGAAAGCGCUCACUAAAUGGUACUGGAGAGAAUGCUGUCUCACUGCACAAAAUCCAAGUGAUCCGCCUCAGAUUGUGUCCAGGCUCUUGCACUGAGAAUGAGUUAGGGCUGACCUGAGAUUGGUCACCAAGUAUCUGCCAGAGUCCUCAUUAGAACUGACCCCCAGGAGGAGCUACGCAGUAGCACUCCAUCUCCCAGGGGUACCGGAGACUGAGAGGCAGGCCAUUCUGGAUCUGACAGACUCACAGAAAGAUCACUGAACCUGAUCCAGUGGUGAUCUACAUUCCUUCCUAACCCCCUGACACUUGAUCUGGGCAGUAGAGGAGGACUCAUCAUGCUCAUUUAGUCAUUAAGAUUAAUGUUUCAAAAGGUUAAAAGGUAAAUAUUGCUCUGCCAGCUCUUUUGAAAAACUGAAUCUAAAGUAACAUUUUUCUCAGCCUCAUAAAAACCAGAUGUUCUCCCAUUCUUUGAAGUUCUUAUUCCCAACAAAUAUAACAUGGUAUUGAAGUGAAACACCAUUGUUCUAAGUAUAACAAACCUACCUCGGGUAAAAGGCUCCUUUCCAUCCUUCCUUUGAGAUUCAAACUGAUGUCAGAAAACAUACAUAAAGUUUUAAAAUGGAGGUUUAGCUUUAGAAGGUGCAGGAAAGAAAAAAAAAAACCCCUGUAAAUGCAGGGCUAGAAAAGCUGGCUCAGCCAGCUGGAGGACAAUUAGGAAGAAAGUAUAAGACGAAGAAGAGGGGAAAAAAAAUAAAACAAUGGGGUUUUGUUGUACUGUUAGGAAAUCACCGUUUCAAAGGUGAAAGUGUCAUUUUACAGCCUCACAGCUUUGCCUAACAGGAAGUGUGUGUUUGCUCUAAAUCCUAAUUUGGGUGUGUUCCUGUAGAAAUAUCGAACCUUCUCCUAAGGGAAACAGAAACUCAGUCGUGCAGGAAACUAGAUACUACAUAAGCAGUUGUAACUCAGCGUGGCUCUAAGUAACAGUGGUGUGGAGGCAGGCAGAGGAAAAACCUGUUCCAUAUUAGAGAGCAAGCAGGCAGUUCCCACCGGGUCACCAUG